AUUCCGCGCGAUGACGUGACUCCCAGGCGCCGGGAGACACGUUGGCUGGGUUUUCGGCGGGCCUCCCGGGGACAAAAAUGGCUAUGGCUAGCGAUUUCUACCUGCGCUACUACGUAGGGCACAAGGGCAAGUUUGGGCACGAGUUUCUGGAGUUCGAAUUUCGGCCGGACGGAAAGCUUAGAUAUGCCAACAACAGCAAUUACAAAAAUGAUGUCAUGAUCAGAAAAGAGGCUUAUGUGCACAAGAGUGUAAUGGAAGAACUGAAGAGAAUUAUUGAUGACAGUGAAAUUACAAAAGAAGAUGAUGCUUUGUGGCCUCCCCCUGAUAGGGUUGGCCGACAGGAGCUUGAAAUUGUAAUUGGGGAUGAGCACAUAUCUUUUACCACAUCAAAAAUAGGUUCUCUUAUUGACGUAAAUCAGUCAAAGGAUCCUGAAGGUCUUCGAGUAUUUUACUAUUUGGUACAAGACUUAAAAUGUUUAGUUUUCAGUCUUAUUGGAUUACACUUCAAGAUUAAACCAAUUUAAAUUGUAUGUUUUCAAGCUGUUUGUAUAUUUAAUUAAGGGAUGGGAGGGGUUAUUUGUCAUUUACAAUAUUGAGGUUUUUAUGAAUGUGAAGCAAACAAAAAGAAAUUUGUAUGUAAACUGAAAAUAAGAAAAUACAUUAGCAAGCUUAAUGGUUAUCCUUGCUUGAGUCCACAUGGGUUGGACAGUCCCCACACACAUUAAAUUCUGUAAAUAAAAGCCACCUUUUGUUAAAAAUUUGCUCUAAUAAAACAUACCAAAUCCUG